AUGGAUGAAGUCCACAUUGACUUCCUUGAUAAACAUUACUACCUAAUUGUGUUUAGUUUAACUCAUUUUCAACUCAGAGACAUAGAAACAUUUUUCACAAAGGGUAAUAAUUCAAUUCACAUCAGCAAUAACAAACCAAAUGCGUCCAGACAGGAAGCGUCAUUAAGCAGGAAAAAAUUGACUUUCGUUCCAUCAUUUAACAUCGUCAGUUCUGAGAACGCAAAACAUCCAAGCAAAGCAACACAUAAUAAGACACAAGCAGGCAAAAAAAGAAGAAGAAAUAAGUUCUUUCAUUCCAUCUCAUCCGAAUGGGUUGUAAAAUAUUGCUGUUGGUAUAGGCCACAACAGCAACAAAAACAACAGCAAAUUGACGGUGAAGAAAGAAUUAAAGUCUACAUAACAUCGGAUUUUUGA